GCUGCAGGGAAGGAUACUAACAUACCACAAAAUGAAACAAGCAAAACUGGGCAUGAAAUGGAAGAAACAUCUACACAGAAGCCUUUUUCAGAAGAAACCGCAUAUCAGCCAACAAAUGAAGCAAUUCAGAAUUCUGAGGCAAUUACUCAACAGGACCCUCACCAAGAACAAUCUAUGGAAGUAGAGUCAUCCACUGACACCAUAGAGAAUAACCCGUUAGUCCAAUGCAAAGAAGAUUUUGAUUUAAGUAAUAUGAACCACCAAAAUUCUACUGACAGAAAUGCAGACGAUAUCCCAACACCAGCAGGGUUUGCAGACACAGUCCCUGACAACGUGGAAGCUACAACUUGUCCUGAAGGGAAGGAUACAUCCCAUAACCGGCAUUCACCAGUUCCAGGCUCUGUGACUAACUUUCCACAAAAUGAAACACACAAAACUGAUGCUCUUAUGCAAGAAACAUCUACACAGAAGCUUUCUCAAGAAUCAACGCCAUAUCAGCUGAAAAAUGAACCCAUGCAAAAACUGCAGAAUUCUGAGGCAAUAACUCCACAGGACCUCCACCGAGAACAAUUGAUGGAAGUUGGGCCAUUCACUGAUUCCACGAAGAGAAAUCCUUUAGUUGAAAUCAUAGACAAUUUGGAUUCAAGUGAUAUGAAUCAACACAAUACUACUGACAUACACGCAGAACAUAUCCUUACUCUAGCAGGGUUGGCAGAAACAGGUUCUGGAAAUGUUAAUUCAGAAGACACAAUUGCUUCAGAGCAGAUGUCGGAUAUGGAAGUGGACCUGGACAAGCCAAAUGGAGAGAGCUCAGAAAGAAAUGAGACAAAAGCAAAUCCUUCUGCCAAUGAAGAAAUAGCUGUGAAGACAACUGAAACACAGGACUCAAAUAAAACCCAUGAAAACACAACUGAUAUGGAUAACCCUAACCUCGACAAGGAUGCAAAUAGCAUUUCACACGAUAUGACCCAUGUCAGUGAAGAUGAUUCAGCAGGAUCAGAUUCAGAUGAUGAUACACAUAGAACAGAUUCUAUAGCAGGUGACGAGUCAAGUAAUCCCAGUAUUGACGAAAAAGACUCUGAAAUACGAAUGAAACAAGGAAAGAAACGCCACGGUCCAAGUAGUUCAAAAAUGAAGAAAAGACAGAAGCAAGAAAGGAAGGCCGCAAAAUUGAGACAGAAUAACCCUCUUAAACAAAAUGAGUCAAUUGAAAAACGGUCAGAGAUUAGUAAAAUUGGAAAUAAUGAUGACACACCUCUUCCAGCUGAUCCAGUAUUUGGUAUGGUUUUGCGAUCUCAAACUCAUAACAACAUGUGCGAAGGUGUAGAUGACUCUAGAAAGAAACAAAACGAAUCUCAAACAUUACCAUCAUUUUUCGAAGAUUUGACACUAAACAAACCUUUAAAUAUCCCAACAAGCAACGAUGUGGUUGAAAGUGUCCCAAUGACCACUACAACAGAUGGUGGAAAGAAACACAAGAAUCUAACAAAUAAAAAGAAUCAGAACACAGUUCUCCCUGACGCUAAGAAAACUUCAGAUACAAGAAUUCCAGACAAAGAUUCCAUAAUGGUGGUUUUCCAUGUGCUUGUUUCAAAAAAACUACUGGGAGAAUCGAGCGCAGUUUUACUUAGAUUUAAUUCGUCUUUGCUGGGUGAAUGGAAGAGUGAAUCACAUGUUGCAAGACCGGGAAGAAUCUUUGAGAAGCAGAUUGAGUUUACAUACGAGCUACAAGUACCACGGAAUUUGAUCGUGUCAGGAGUGUAUUACAAAUACUGCAUAAAACAUGACAGCAAAUUUGUUUAUGAAUAUUAUUAUGACGCAUCAUCACAAAGCAAAAUUCACAACAGAAUAUUAAAGGUGCCAGCAGAUAAGAUACAGAAAACUGAGUUAUGGCACCAGUAUGAUGGGGUCGCCAUCGAAGAACCGCCGAAGAAUAUUUUGCAAAACUUUUACAGUUAUAUCAGAGGGACCUUCAAGAAAAAAAGUCUUGAACGAAUGGAAACGUUUGCUAAAUGUUUUUGUCCUGAGUGGUUUUCAACCGGUGUUGCUACAGAAUCAUUUCAGGAGGCACUGUCAAAAUUAGAUGCUCUUGUGUUUGGAUUACGAAAAGUGUAUUAUUCUCAUGUGAAAUGUUUUGAUACAGAUCAAGAUUUUAAACAACAGGUUGGUAGGCUGUUGCUUGGAAACGCUAUUGGCGACAUGCAAAACCAACUAGGAUCAAAUACUACGGAGAAAAGCAACGUAUUAGUUGUGCGUGCAGUAGGCAUUGCAAUAGCCUGCAACAGGAUCCAGAUUGGUCUUACUCAGUCAGUUUGGCAAGCGCUCUGCCGAUGCCUACUGGUCUCCGCGCAUGCUGAAACAAAAACAUGCUUAGAACUCUGUGAUGUAAUGACCCUUUCACCGAAAGAUACUUUGAAAAAAGCAUUAAUUAACAUGGUCAAGUUGCAAUUGGAUUUCGAGAAAGAUCCAUCUUGGAUGUUCUGUUUACCGUUGCUGCAUUUUGUAUCUGAUGUGUGCAAACCAUUCGAAGAGUUGGGAGAGGAUUUAUCACAUUCUAAUAUAACACCAAAAUGGUGGGGAAUUGUGGACAUAGAAAGUGAAAUCAGGACAUUCCAAGGAAGCACAUACAAAUGGGCAGUAUCAAUGGAAGAGGUUUUAACAUUCUUGAUGCCGUUGUUUGAUAUGGACCCAUUUCUGCCAAGGAGUAUUGUGGCAGCCUUGGUACCAAUAGAGCUGCAUUCUCUUUGCCAAUUAGAAGUAUUUCCAAUUGAUGUUUGUCUGGCAACUUUGAGGUUUUGGAGUUUGCGUACAAAUCCGCAACUUCCCAGUCGUCACCAGUGUACAGUGACUGUCAUGCAGUACGAAAAGAUUGUUUGUGAUUGCCUUUGGUUAUGUGUUCUUCGGCUGCAGAAAUAUGUAGUCAACGGUUCAGAGCCUUUGGCGAGGUGGUCAACAGCAUAUAAAACAGGAAUGGAAGCAGUUGAGAGAAUGUAUUCAUCAGACAGAGUGUUGAAGCUUGCAUAUUGGAGCUACAUCUUCCUGUUUUGCACCAACAUACAUGACCAAAUAUUGUCAGCAACCAGUGGAAAAAAGACUGCAAAUGAGUGUGCUUUACAGAUAAAGGCUGUUGCUGGGAAUGUAACUUCAUGGAUACGAAAUUUUACCAGCAACUCAUGGACCUCACAUUUAAGUGAAUAUCUGCAUAUUUGGAAAUAUGCAUUUAUAACAUUCAAUGGAGCAAUAUUUGACAGUUGGAAUGAACAAGUUGGUCUAGCGCUUCAACAUCAGUUAAAAAUACAGUUUAUCAAAUGGUCCGAGAUGAAACAACUAUUCAUAGCGUAUUUCUGCCAGUAUGUGGAUACGUUCCCGAAUCAAAUGCAGGAGCACUUAACAGUAAUGGCUAGUGAGGCAAUCGAUGGUGGCUAUACAGUUGAUUACAAUAAAAUGGAUUCGGCUGGGAAAAGGCGACUGAAGACACUGAUGACAAUCCUUUUUGAGAAGAAAUGGAAGUCUACAAUACAGAGUGAAGAUGACUCAAACCAGAUUCUUAGAAUGACAUUGACCUGGCCACCUAUCCAGCUUUUCUUGAAAAACAAACAUGAAGAAAAGGAGAAUCAGCUGUUGAUGCCUGAUGUACAACCAAAUCUCGACCACAUAGUUGGUAUUUGUCAAAGUAGCUGGGUGUCACUUGUGGAUGGUAACGUUGAAAUAGGAAUCUUGCGUUUAAUAAACGCUCACGUAAACGUUUUUGGAGCAGUUAUGAAUGCUCUGGAGCCAAAGCAACCUGUUGAAUGGUUCAUUGCAGUUGUUCAUCGUAGAAUGUCAGAAUUAGAGGCCUUUGAACUUCAGUCGAAGCAAAUGUCCAUUCUGGUCAACCACUGCCAGAGUUUGAAUGUUGAGACAGCAGACAUAGACCGUGUUCUGACUCUUGCUGCAAAUUCAUUGGAUGCACAGCCUCUUAACGCAUUUUGUGAGGUAUAUACUGCAAAGGUGGACAACAAUUCGAAACCAAAGCUUAAAGCUUUUAAUGUUCCUGAAUCAGUUCUAGAUAUUUUGAAGUCAUUUGAAGAACUAGAAAAAAGUUUUGUGUUUGAAAGAAUGUGGGCAGCCGCAUGCAACGCUAAUAGAAAUUCAUGCAAAAGUCUUUCUGAUGUUGUGGGCACUAUUUGGAAGGAAGUUGAGAAGGAGUGGAGAGAAUUCGGACAAAAAUUGACCACUGGUGACAUCUUGUUUCAAGAAUUUGAAAGAACAUUUUAUAAUUUUCAUGAAUUGGACGAUCGUCUUGUUAGAGAAAUCACCGUGUUUGGAGUUUCAGGACGCAUUGCGAAUCAACGAAUACGACAGUUGCAAGAACAUAGGCUGUUAGUGUCGUGUGUCAGUGGUGCACGAGUAUUAUUGAAAGUCCAGCGAAAGUAUAGCCUUAAAGGCGACUUCAAGCCUAUCCAAAAAAUAUCACAGCAUAUUGAUCAACAUUUUAAAAUGAAGGACUUCGAUGAUAAACUUAUGGAAACUUUUCAAGUUUUAAAGUUUAUCACCAAGGAGAAGAUACACUGUUUGGAGAUGUUCCUUCAAUGUGACAAUCUUGUUCAGUGGCUAAAAGAAUCGAUGCAAACAUCUGGCCAAAAGGAAUUGAAAGUGUUCGUAGACCUAGCAAUGAUGUCGGCAGGAGACGAACCGCUGAACAUUAAAAAAGUGCAAUGUUUGCACUCGGCUGUGCUGGGCUAUUCGACACUUAUAUUUGAACUCUCUGCUGCUUGUGACUACAGCGUAUUGUUAGACAAAUGCAGAAUAGUUUGGAAAGAGCUGGACGCCAAUCCAAAUUUACCCCAACAGCUGAUUGACACAGACAGAGAACUUCCUUGGCUGAAGGAAAUCAAGAAGGCACAUGGCUCAGUGGAGGUGACUUCUUUGAUGCAAGCGGAUGCCAUAAACAAUUUUGGUAUUUACGUGAUUGGGUUAAUUCCUGAGAACCAUAACUCAAACAAAGACAUUCUGACAAGAAAUGUUAUCAAAUUAACUGUGCCAGAAAAAGAACAUGAACGUCAAUUCAGAAGCUACAGUUUCUCGCAGCUACAAGAUCUUCAAAGUCGAUUGAUGUUGGUGGCUGGGAAAAACACACACGACAGAAAGGAUGUCAAAGUGGAUGUUGAAAAGUUCACCUUGGUGUUUGACAGCGUAAGUCGUCUUGGAAAUGUGUUUAGAAAACUGUGUGCCACCGGCUGUGUGUUGUUUAACAGUUGGGAAGCGACAUUCAUGUGCAAUACCACACGACCGGUUUGUGUCAUUCUCUCAUUUGGGGAAGGAAACGAUGUACCAAAGCUGAAGGGUGGAGUUCCCAAAACAGAAGGUUUGCAAAACGUCAUUCCAGAACUUGCAAAAUUCAUGGAGACUUGUUUGAGAGAAUGGUUGGAAUACAUCAGACAAAAACGAGUCGAGUAUUUCCACCUGAACUAUUUUACGGUUGACCAGCUAGUGAUUCUCCAACGAGAGCUUGUGAAAGUUGGGUCAGACAAAGCGCCAUCGAAUCACAUAUACCCGCUGUUGUCAGCUGUGAAACAGGAUUGUACACCAGCUGAUUUAGUGGCGGCUUUAAAUCUUGCCAAAGAGGAAGUUGAUAAUCGAACUCGUGAACAGGAUAUUGAAAUCUAUGUAAGGACACAAGAACAUGAGAUGACUGAUGCUAACAAUACAUCGGAUCUGGAAGAGAAGAAAACAGCAUUUGUUCGUGAACUGGUUGCUGCAGGGAUAGACGAAUCUCUUGCACUUCGAGCAAUCAAUCAUGUUGAAGUAAAAGAUAUCGAAUCCAAAGACGUUACACAAGCAUUGUUAUGGUGCAUGGAGGAAGGGGAAACACAACAAAGCAUCAGUGAAAUGGAUGAUACUGAUAAUGACGAAGAAAUGAUGGAAUCACAAAAUCCUACACAGUCAUUUUCUGGCUGGACUGAUUCGGCUUCCACAAUGGCCUCCAUUAUUAAAGCAAACUUGACCAAAAUUAAUGAACACAGUGCGGGUGUAGCUGAACUGAUACAUGGUCUGUCAGAACUAUGGAAGAGCUUCUUGGGCUCUAUAUCGUCCAAUAUCAGCGACUAUCUCAGUCUCGAGUACUUGGGCAUUGUCCUGAAGCAUCUUGCAGAGCAAGAAACAGUUCACAGAAAACUAGGAACUAGCUACAAUGAGGGCGAGCCAAAUCUUAUUAUAUGUCCUACAGAGGACAUACCAAAAGUGACACUCUCAAUCUACAUGCAUGACAAAGAGCAACCUCUUCCAUCGUCAGACGAAGUGUUGGUGUGUUCGCCUUUAACGGCAAAGGACGAGGUGGAUAUAUUUUGGCGCCGGGCCAUAUUUGGAGCUGGGGGAAAGAUCCAUUGUCUCGUGAAUGCAGAUCUGUUAGACUACGAUGUCAGUGAGUCUGCAGAGCAGAACUUACAGGAAUACAUUGCGGAGACAAAGCACUUGACAGGUUUAAAAUACCGAUUGUUUGUAAUAUGCGGGUCAGACAAUGAAUAUCGCUCUCCAUUUGUGUCGUCUCUGGACAAGUAUGUUCGGCAGGUGCAAACUGUCAGCCCAGCAAUUCUGAAAGAAUAUGUUGCAGAAAAGUUAAUUGUUCCCCGAACCAGAACACAGUCUGCUUCAAGUGUUGACUUUAAUAGGUCUUCGGCGCGUAUUGUCAAAUCCAGCCGGGCAGGUGUAGGAAAAAGCUUGUAUGUUAAACGCCGAGCUGAAGCACUUAAGAUUCAAUUCGGCAAUAAGUCGAAGAACCUGGAUACCAAACUAGUGUCCAUACCAUUACAAGAAAAGUAUAUUGACAUUCAUCAAGUGAUUCAGACCUUACUUCAACAUUCACCAAUACCAGGCGUAAAUAUUGCCAGAAUAUUUCAUAUCGAUAUCUCGCACGAGGUGCAAGAAGGAAUAGACUUCCUUCUGUUCAAUCUUCUCAUCCUGAACUGCCUGAUGGACAAGAACGGCUAUGUAUGGAGAAGGAGCGUAGACGACAUGUGUUUGAUCGAAACAAUGCCAAUCAUGAAAAUUUCCCAUGAAAAACAUGAGAUGCAGUAUGCACAUCCGAUGUUCGACAUAUUACCUGAUGUGACAUGUAGAUCACCAGAAGAGAGUUUCGGUGUAUAUUCUGGCGUGAAACCAACAGACUACAAGAUGACAGACCAGCUUUUUGACGAGAAGCAAUUCAGAAGUCCGGUGUUCCAGCGAACAUUCCAAUAUCUGCAACGGCUGGACACUGUUAGAAACAUGAGUGAUGUUAACCCUAACAAUCCUGAAGGGGAUCCCAAAUCGUGCUUGCAGGUUUUAUUACGACGAUGUGGUGUGCAAAAUCCAUCCUGGUCUGAGCUGCAUCACUUUGUUUGGUUUCUAAACACCCAGCUGGUGGACUUCGAACAAAAUGAGUUUGUCAGUUUUGCUGCAGCCGAAGACUUGCCUGGGUUUGCAAUGUUUGUGCUGCGAUUCCUUAUGCAGAUGUCAAAGGACUUUUCAACACGGUCGCUAAAGAUUAGCGAGGAAUCGCCGGGUUGUGCACCAUUAGAUGACAUGAAUGAGGAAGAAGAGGAAGAUGACGAUACUGUCUUGAAUCGCUUAUCAUUGAGACGAACUUGGGAAAGCAGUCCCCACCCCUACCUGUUUUUCAACUCAGAUCGUUGCACUUUCACUUUCUUGGGAUUUUUUAUUGAAAGAGCAACGGGGAAUUUAACAGAUCAGCAGACUGGUCAGUUAUUGGAGCAAGGGAUCAUGGCGCAAAAUUUGUAUGAUGCAUUGGUGAGGAAUCAUGCACCAUUGCAAGAGAACUUUGACGGUCUUCAAAGAGACAAGAAGAUACCGAAAUUGUGCAACAUUAUGGGCAUAGAGUUCGAACAUGAUACAGACAGUACCUAUGAACUUACAACAGACAAUGUGAAGAAAAUCAUGGCAAUCUAUAUGAGAUUCCGGUGUGAUAUUCCUGUCAUAGUAAUGGGUGAAACUGGAUGUGGUAAAACGAGGCUAGUCAAGUUCAUGUGUGCCCUGCAGUGUCCUCCGGGGGUUGAGGUCAAAAACAUGAUACUCAUGAAGGUGCAUGGUGGAACAACGAAAGAUGAUAUCAAAAGAAAAGUGCAUUUGGCAGAAAGAAUCGCAAAGAAAAAUGUGGAGGACUUCGGUGUGCACAUGUACACUGUGUUGUUCUUUGAUGAAGCCAACACUACUGAGGCAAUUGGAAUAAUAAAAGAAAUCAUGUGCGACAAGUCCAUUUGUGGAGAACCUCUGAAAUUGUGCCAGAACUUAAAAAUGAUUGCUGCAUGUAACCCAUACAGAAAACACCCAGAAGAGCUGAUUAAGAAGCUAGAGCAAGCCGGUCUGGGUUACCAUGUUGACGCAGACGAAACAACAGAUAGACUUGGACGAGUGCCAAUGAGACGUCUGGUUUACAGAGUCCAACCACUUCCACAAAGUUUGCUACCACUUGUGUGGGAUUUUGGACAGCUGAACACUGACGUUGAGAAAUUGUACAUAUGCCAGAUGGUUAAAAGAGCAGUGUUUGAACAACGCCUGCCAAAUAAACCUGGUCUUGUGGAAGUUGUUAGCAGUGUUCUUGCAACGUCACAGAAAUACAUGCGGGAUCAGAAGGAUGAAUGCAGUUUUGUAUCAUUGAGGGACGCAGAGCGGGUGCUGAUAGUCAUGGCAUGGUUUUAUGAACAGGCAAAUACCAACCGAUUCCUGUUUAACGCUAUGGAUGACAUGAUAGAAGAGAAUGAUGAAACGGACGAAGAUGAUGAUAUUGAAAUCAAUAAACUUGAUGAUUUGACGCGAUGCCUGGUUCUUGCAAUCGGCGUGUGUUAUCACGCUUGUUUAAAAACAAGAAGUGCAUAUAGAAGAACAGUUGCAGCUGAAUUUAGAGAACCAUGCCCUUUGCCAAACGGUGCCGAACAAAUAUUGGACGAAAUAGAAUGUUGCCAAGACGUAUUCCUGGACAACGUGAAACUAGACGAUAACAUCGCCCGCAACACGGCCUUAAAAGAGAACGUCUUUAUGAUGGUUGUGUGCAUCGAGUUGCGAAUACCUUUGUUUCUUGUGGGAAAACCCGGAAGCUCGAAGUCCCUUGCAAAGACCAUAGUCGCCGAUGCUAUGCAGGGAAAUAGUGCCCGACACCAGCUCUUUAAACAUCUAAAACAGGUCCAGAUGGUCUCAUUUCAAUGCAGUCCGUUAUCCACACCAGAUGGUAUUGUUGGAACCUUCCGACAGUGUGCAGAGUUUCAGAAAGAUAAAGAUCCAGAUACGUUUGUGUCUGCUGUUGUUUUGGAUGAGGUCGGACUAGCAGAAGACAGUCCACGCAUGCCACUGAAGACACUUCAUCCACUUUUGGAAGAUGGAUGCCCAGGUGAAGAAACCCCGGAACAGUACAAGAAAGUUGCCUUUAUUGGUAUCUCAAACUGGGCUUUGGAUCCCGCCAAGAUGAACAGAGGGAUCCUGGUGCAGCGAGAAGUCCCAGAUCUGGAAGAAUUGAUCACUAGCGCAAAAGGCAUUUGCAAAACAACCGAAGACGUCGAAUCAUUUUUGGAACCUUUUAUUGAACCAUUGUCAAAAGCCUAUCUGAAGAUAUUUAAAAGGGCAUCAGACAGGAUGCGUGAGUUUUAUGGACUGCGCGAUUUUUACAGUUUGGUGAAAAUGGUCUAUGGCUUUGUGGCCAAGAACAAACGGAAGCCUACAUGGUUGGAAAUGCUUCAUGCAAUCAAGAGGAACUUUGGAGGGCUAGAUCUGGUGGAACCGGAGGGAUGCUUCAAAAGAUACCUUGGAAGUGUUAUGCAUUGUACCCCUGAUCCAAGACAGGAAGGUCCAGAUUGUAGCGCUAAAGGACUGAUUGAAGCGUGUCUCUUUGAUUCAUUGAAGUCACAUGGGGAAAGUCGAUAUCUUCUACUACUGACCGAUAACUAUGGAGCGUUGUCCAUUAUCCAACAACAAAUCCUAUCAAAGAGAAGUGAGAUUAGACCAAUCACCAUCUUUGGUAGCAGUUUUCGCAGUGAUCAAGAAUACACGCAGGUUUGCCGCAACAUCAACAAAAUCAAAGUCUGCAUGGAGACAGGAAACACUGUUGUAUUGCUGAACUUGGAGAACCUGUAUGAAAGUCUGUACGACGCAUUGAAUCAGUACUAUGUGUACUUUGGAGGAGAGAGAUAUGUGGAUCUUGGUCUUGGAACACACCGUGUGAAAUGUCCAGUUCAUAAAAACUUCAGAUUAAUCGUCGUUGCCGAGAAACAAACAGUUUACAAAAAGUUUCCAAUCCCACUCAUCAAUCGACUGGAGAAACAUUUCCUCGCAGUGAACACGAUUUUGGAUGAGCGACAGCUAGACCUUGCGAAGAAACUACAAGGCUGGGCCGAGGAAUUUGCGGCUGAACCUUUUAACACGAUUACCAGUCGUUCUAAGCGUCAAAUGCCAGUAGGAGAAGUUUUCAUUGGAUUUCACGAAGACACUUGUUCUGCUAUCAUAAUGGAUGUCUGUGCAAAAUAUGAAGGCAGUGCAGACUUAUUGUCAGAUGAACAGGUUCUUGAAGAAUCAAAGAAGGUCCUUCUAUGGUGUGCCACACCCGAAGCCAUUUUUCGAGAGAACAAACUUGACAAGACCGAGCGAGAAAACAUUAAGAGACAUUACAAUAAGGAACAAGCACAUGUUAGUGUUAUUGAUUACCUGAAACAUAUGAUUGAGGAAAUUACAUGCCCUCAGCUAUUUGCACAGAUAACUUGUCAUUCUAAACUGUUGGCUGGAAACCACGAAAAAGAGAUCAGUAACACCAUCUCCUCUCUUCAACGCGUCGAAAUCCUAUCAUUGUCUUCAUUUGAUACAGAACAACAGUUUAGUAAUCGAGUGGCGCAACAUUUAGUUUCCAAUCGGAAUCAGGCCAGCCUACUGGUUAUACAGUGCGAUACUGGUGAUAUGAACUCUAACUUGAUAGCGUGUGCAAGGUACUGUGUGAUGGACGAGUUUGAAAAAGAACGGGAUCGCUUGAAGGCUCCUUCUCACAUCGCAAUAAUUGUUCAACUGCCAAGAAAGGCUGGCGGAUGCUUCACAGGAUUCCAGUGUGGUGUAUGGCAAUCGGUUCAUAUUGAUGAUCUGUACCCUGAAGAUACGAGUUUACCAAGUAUCCAUGACAUCCAAGAAAAAGCUGUCAGCGAACUAUUUUUCGCUCCUCGUCAUCACGAAGAACACAUUCUAGGUCCAACAGAACCAAUGGAAACAGAGUCAGGUGGUGAACAUCCAUACGGAGAACUAACACACCAUACUAUGGAAGUUGACGAAGACCCCCAUGCCGAUAUGGAAAUGCAAGAGGGUCAAAUAAAAAACAUAAUGGGACUGAUCAUGAAAUGCGUUCAGCCUGCUCUUUCAAUGGUGAAAGAUCGAGAGAGUGUGUAUCAAAGAGAAACAAAACGCGUGGAUAUUGUAUUGAACUCUCUGCGAAGCAGUGCUGACUCACACGAAGAGACAUUUACUGCGGGAAUCAUCCGAUGGCUUGGCAUAUUAAUGAAAGAGAAAGAGAAAGCUGGACUUUCGUACCUCGCUAAGCAGUGGAUCGCCAAAGAUGCCGCUGCCAUAGAUAGCAUCAAUAAGAACGGGACAUUUCGACGAUCUGUUUAUCAAACGAUCGUAUCGAAAGUGAAGCCCGUGCUAGCUGGAAUAUUUGCACUCCUGGACACCAAUUGCAACCUUGACAUGGUCGUAUGUGAUGUAUCUUGGAAACGGAAUUUCUGGCUCAAAUGUCUUAACCAUACGGAUUUUCUGCAGAUGAAGUACUCAGACUUGCAGUCACCGAAGCGUAAAAGUGAGCUAGGAGAAAUGCUAGUGCCAUCAACUGGAUUUGAAGGCCAUUACUUCAAACUUAGAUUUCCAUUCUCCUGGAUGAUACUAGAGACAGUUGAAACUUUAUUCGUGGACCUUGUGUUUGAAGGAAAUGCGACCGAUCGACUAGAAAGAUGUGUCAUAGGUUUGAGAUCUGGAGCAACUGGCCACAUGAUUUCUGAGCUAGACGCUCUAUUGGUUGAUUGUCAGGACAAUGCAUUGCGCAACAGUUCUAGCCCCACUCUCCAUGAAGUGAUGGAAGACUACAUUCAUGACUUUGUAAAAACUGUGUAUAACGCUGAACGAGAAACAGAACUCAAUAUUGUGUGCAGAAUGAUUAUGUUCAAAACUGUAAAGCUUUGUGAGUCACAAGGACCAACGACCUCUGAUCUUGUUCGCCACAUUGUAAGCGUCCGGUUUGCCUAUCAGGAAUUAUCGUGCCGAUUGGCAUACUUCAAAAGCGUGAACCACAUUUGGCCAGACUGCAGUGCAAAGAUAGAAGAAAUACAACAAUCCAAUCCUGAACAUAUUAUGUUCAAAGAACACGAGUUUACAUUCGCCACGCUGUGCCUUCUUAUCGGGGAGCUGAAUCCUUCAGCGAAAGAUUUAGAGGACAGAAGCGAACAACUCAAAUGGCUUGAAAGGGUGUAUCGUUAUCGACCAGUUGUAGAAACGAUCCUUCAACUUCGAGGCGAGGAUGGUUCACUUUAUGGCCAACACAGUUUUGCCUCUGUCAAAAGGGCAAAGUGCAUGUGGAGUCGUGUUUUGGUGAUGAAAUUAUUCCUGGAGAACGUUUGCAAGAAAGAUACUAAGGGCAGCAUAACGAUCAAGCAUUGUAGACCUUUGUGGGCGCUGCUUGGGGAUGAAACCGACUUCAAAGAAUCAAAAUCUUUAACGGCUAUGGAAAAGUUUCUUAAAAUGUGUAACAAGACUGCUGUGAAAGACAGUAUUGGGUCCGAAGUAAAAUGUAGCCGCUGCGAAGAGUUACUGCAGAGUGCACCCAUCUCGGUACCUUGUGCAGCCAGACACAUCAUUUGUUAUACAUGCUGUGUCGAAAUGAAAGCUCUUCGAGAGCGUAAAUGCCCAGAUUGUAACGAGGAAUUCGACGAUCAAUGGCAGCCUGUAGUUGACGAAAAAAGAAAGAUUGGGAACGAGAAGCUGGAGAAAUACCAGCAGCAGUGUAACACAUUCUUUUUGGAGGUUGUUACACAACUGUGUUUUGCUGAUGAGGAGCCACCGUCGGAAGAAGUUCUUUGCAAGCUGCUUGGAUACGUGACUUGCACUUCCAAAGAGGGAAGACGGUACACAAAGAACAUGAAUAUAUUUGACACGGGCGUCGAUCCCAACCCAGUUUUCCGAUCAUUCCUGCUGCAGUUGUUGAUGAAAUCUAGCAAAGAGCGAUAUGUUUCCGAAUAUCUUCGCCGUUACAUUGAAGAGAUCAAUUUGGGUGUAGACGUCAGCACCAGAGAGAUGAUAGACAUGUAUUUGCUCAUCAUACACUGUUGGGAGGAUACACAAUUCCAUUAUUUGGAGGAAAGUGGAGAGUCAAAAUCUCUGAUUGUUUGUCACUCUAUGGAAAACGCUGUCACAGUAAUGAAAACUUCUACAGUACAUCAUACUGACUUGUUGUCAGCCAUAGCAUCAACGAGAGCUUGUUUAGAAGUAGCAGCACGAUGUCUCGUUAGAUGCUUAUCACAUGGUGCUAGCAUUCAAACAUUAUCACCCGACGAUCGGAAAAUAAUACAGAAAGCUGAAUUUCUUUGUGAAAAUGCAGAAACGAAUUGGCCAAAGGUAUACUUGGUGAAACUGUUGUGUCGACGGUAUGGAUUAGAUGUGUAUCAGAAGUUGUCAAGGUCAGUGUUACCCAUCUUUAAAUGGCUUGCCAUUGAAGGCAACGAAAAACAGACGGAGGUAUGUGACAGAUACAUCAUAUGCGGCGAUGCGUACACAAGUAUCAGGGAAGCAAUUGCUAGAGCUGUUCUUGGCGAAGCCAUUGAAACACUAGACGAAUUACUGCAGGGCAUUAACACACGAGGAGAGCAAGUCGAAACAUACAUGCAUCUGGCAAUACACCGAGAGAUUACAUGCUCAAAUGUACGGCAAUCUGCGCGUGGCCCUUCGCAUGGUUUGCCAAAACUAAAUGAAUAUCUAGCGGCUGCAAAUGUGAUUCAAGACAAGGACCUGACCGGACAGUUGGUUGAUAAUGAACUAAAACCAGAUUUCAUGGAGAUGAAGCCAGGAAAUGAUUUAAUGCAUCAAGGGUUACAGUGUUUACUUGCUCAUUUCCACAUUGUAAUGUCAAAACUUCAAGCAGGCUCAACACUUCUUGAUCCACUGAUAAUGUUCACAAACGGAAAUCCUACAAUACAGAGCAUGUUGUUGCCAACCAUGCCACAAGACGAUCUGGAAGACAUUCAAGCUGCUGUGCUCGCAAAUCGAGGAGGCGACAACCCUGUUUUCUAUCGUUGUCCGAAUGGUCAUCCUUACUACAUAGGCGACUGUGGUCGGCCUUACGUGGUUGGAAAUUGUCCUGAGUGUCGCCAGCAGAUCGGCGGGACCAGUCAUCAGGCUUUACCAGGAAACGUUGUUAAUGCAAGAGGUGAUUCAACACAGACCGGCCACAUACUGGGUCGAGCCAUUCGAGGUGGAGUUAUGAGACCUGAACGGGACUUGAAUCCUACCUAUUGUACAGCUACCAGACUGUUCCUCCACAUGGCCAUGUACCUGGGUCCUGUUCAACAGGUUAUCACUGUUAUAAAGCCUGAUCUUGAAGAUAAUCAGGUACCCGGUUUUUUGUUGGAACACAUCAGAAGUAACAUAAACGAUUUACAACGUGCUCUAGGACGAAGCGGAGACGAUGUCCUUUUACUCAUGCACAUAGCGAUAAACAUCAUGAUGAGGAAGAAAGAAACAAGGGUACCACAAUCAGUAGCCAGAUUGUCCUCGAAAGCUGAUCGAAAAACAUGGGAAGCUGAGUUUUCUGCCCAAAUUCUACACGACGCUCUUGGGAAUGUGGAUGCUUUACUAAGAGAAUGGAAUCAUCGUCUUGCAACAGACCAAAGAUUGGGGGCUGAUCCUUUGAUGUGCCUCAUAUACGAAACUGAUAGUAGCCAAGAACUAGAAGACGCCAACCAGCUGGUAAACAUUCCGAGAAUGUGGAGAUUCCGAACACCAAUCACUAUUGAGCACAUGCGCCAGACCCUCGAGUCCAAAGGUCAAGAUGAGACCAAGACAAAGCCACCUCUUGUCCUUCAGCGCUUCAUGAAUGAGGACUGCCUGCUGCAGGCCCUCAGAUAUGUUCCAAAUAUUCUCCGUCUACAACGAGCUCUUCUUCAGAAAUACCAGAAGAAACUGGACAAAACUGAAGCUAACUCGAUCAAAGUAAAAGAUUUAAAGAAAGAGCUCACCGUUGGUCAUGAAACUGAACGAUGGAUAAAUGAUUUCGCGUGUGCCUGGGAGAUUACAAGGAAGACAUUGGAACAAUAUGGUUGCCCUACCGAGUAUGGACGUAUGUGUGUUCCGAAAGAGUUUUGCAACCAGAGCAUACUUGAUGACACACCACUGGCAGUUUUCCUUCCGUCAACCAGUGGUCCUGGGCUGUGUUCUUAUGCCAUGCUGGAUUUUCUCUUCCGGAAACAGAACGGAUUCUUAGAUAGCUACAUUAGGGAAUCCGGAAGGAAAGACACGAAACUUCCAUCCAUAAAACCAAUGGCCGUAACAUCAGCCCAUCUGAUCAGCUACAACCAUGAACAAGACCUCAUGCCCCUGGUGCUGGCCAACUGUCAUUACUCCUUCGAGAUGGGCGUCGGGACCAAGAUUGAGUAUGACUUUGCUGGCAUGGAAAGACAGCUUAUGGACAGGCUUCUUUACUCAAAGUCAUUGAUAGAAUUUGGCCGUUUUCUGGAGAUCGAUCUGAUGAUCUACAGGACUGAGGUUACGAAUCAGACCGUGUUUAUGAAACUAGCAGAGAGGAUUCCGCAGAGUCAUUUAAAUGGAGCAGUGCAAACUCAGAUUUGUGAAGAAUUAAGAAGAUUGCCUGAUGUGUGCAGAUCCCUCGAUAACCUGGAUAUUGCGAUCAGCUUUCUGAAAACAACUGGCGGUCAUCCCACAGCACACCUUAUCACAUUUAUGGUUGAGACCCUGCAGAUUGAAAAUGCCAUGUUAAGUCAAAAGGCCCGCCAGUGCUGUGAGCUGCAGCAUGCAAGGGCAUUGUGGCUUCUCUUGUCAUUCCAAAAAUCUAAAAUGCUGAUCGACUAUCGACAGAGUACAGAGGAGGUGUUUGAAACUCUACAAGAUGACAUGUACGAAGAUAUGGACGCUGAAUUGGAAGCUGGCUUCGUAGACUACAUGAACAAUCUUAGUGUUGAUAAACUUGCGAUCAUAUUGGAAGUCAUGCAUGAAUUCCUGCUACUCAGCGUUUCUAUCCGCCAAAAUGCUGAAGACGUGGACUUUAUUGACACCACCAGAUAUAUAUUUAUUGAUGGCUUGCGGGAGUAUAUUAACCAGAGUGAAUCUGUUUUGGCGAUAGAAUCUGCAACAUUGGAGGACUUCCCAAAGGGCAUCUUGUACAAGCAUGGAGCAAAAGCCUGGGUAUUGGCUUAUACAACCUUGGCCAGAAAAAUAGGGAACCGGAGGCGGUACUGAAUAAUUAUGUUUGGAGAAUGACUAAUACGGAUUAUAUAUAAAUGAACUUAAUUAACAUUUUUCGAGCAAAUGUGUGUGUUAGAGAUUAGAAACUGUGAUAUGAAAAUUUGAUUUAUUUUUGUUUAUUGUUUUUUUUAUUUUGUUGCAGAUACAUUUUAUUAUUUAAUAAUAAUGAAACAGUUUUAAUGGACUAGUGCUGUCCAAUAUUUAUCUUGCUUUUCUAUUUAUUGUUUGUAAAAAACGCACACAUGCCAUUUUUUGUUGACACAAUAUGAUUUAUCCAACCAUAAUGUGUGUUGUUAUGUAUGUAGAACAUUAUGUCGCAGUUCGUAAAUUGAAUGUCAAUUUGGUGGUAAAAUCACAGCCAUGUACGUUACUGCCUGGUUACAUGAUAUAAGCUAUUUGUGGUAAAUAUAUACUGAUUGUAUCACCUGCUUUUCAAUCCAAUAUUUACACUUUUAUUUGAGGUGUACGUUUGAUGAAGACUGCACAUAAUUUGUCAUUAUCGUUUUCUUCGGUUUUGUUUAUGUAUGUUAAUCUGAUGUCCAUAAAUCCAGUUUUGCAUGUUAAGGGCGAUUUGAUUGUUUCAAUGUAUGUUAUGUGUUUAAUUGUAAGUUGAAUAAGAAACAUUUGUCCAUGUUUGACAAUAUGUUUUCCAUAAUCUUAACUUUGUUCUUUUCCUAUAUGAUCACUGUAAAACAUAUACACGUAUUUUCCAUUUGAGUGUGUUUACAAAUUUGACAAUUUUAUAAUUUUUCUUUAACAGAAGUUUUAUGUUCAUGAGUAGCGGAUGCCUUUCAUAUAAUUAUCUAUAGAAUUAGCUGUCAUAAACAAUCAACAUCGUGUUAGCUUCAUGCAGAAUUAUUGUGCAUUGAUAUGCAAUUACUUAUUAGUUUAGAUGGUGAGAAUACAUUUUAACAUUGUUGUAUUUUGCAAGGUAUAAGAUUCAAGAAAUUAUACAUUGUUGUAUUGUGCAAGGUAUAAAAUGCAAGAAAUUAUGUGUUUUUUUAAUUCGUUUUGUGUCAUGGGCAUUUUCAGUGUCAUGCGCACUGGAAUAAUUUGGGGGAAAUGCGUUAAAGAGUUUCGUGUAUUGUUAAACUGUGCAAUAUGCCCGUGUUUUUGUUGUUGUUUUCUUCUUAUUACUUGAGGAUAUUUUAAGUUGUACCUUUAAUAUUAUUGCUAUGUUCAUUUGAUGUGCUUUUUGGUAUUGAAGGAUAUUUAUUGGUAAAUGUUUUGAUAAUCUAAUGUAUGAAAUGUUUUGUUUAAUUUAAACACGUAUAUGUUGUUAAAUGUUCAUUAAUAUGUUUGCCCAUUCAUUUAUUGGCAUAUGUGACACUCAUAAAUGGAUGUUUUUUUUUGCUGUUAAUAUACUAACCCGUGUGUUUUCAGUUAUGCCAAGUAGAAUUAUAUUGUUCAAUAUGAUGCAUGUCUAUUUUAGCUGGUAUCUUAUAACAGUGUCGUUUGCAAAAAUAGUGUUGUUCCCAUGUAUUAUGGUAUGUAUCUAUGUUUAUAAACUUACAUUUCCUUUCGCUCUUUAAAUUUGCAUUACUCUUCAAAGAAUCACGCUAUAGCUGUGGUAUGAGAAGUUUACUGCUGCUUAUUACAGCUGCAUACAUAUGACACUUCAUCAUUACAUUUUGCGUAUGGUUGUGCAAAAUAAACGCGAUUGUUUCUGUCUUGAAUAUAAAUGUUUCAUUCAUUAAUCUAAUUUGUGUACCUUAUUAUACUUGGAACUUUAAUUGAUAGCAAUGUUAUAUUGCUUGUGAGACAAAAUCAAUAUGACCGUGAACCCUUCAUGCAUGUUUAUGCGAUUACUAGCACACGAUUGCUGAUACUUUUACCUAUGCAUUUGCGGCGAUGCAUAGAGAAGAAAAUAAAUAUGAUUUCACACACGUCUAUGCUAUAUUGUGAUGUUUUUUAUGCCCCCCUUCGAAGAAGAGGGUCUAUAUUGUUUUGCACAUGUCGGUCGGUCCGUCCGUCCGUCGGUCCGUCCACCAGAUGGUUUCCGGAUGAUAACUCAAGAACGCUUAGGCCUAGGAUCAUGAAACUUCAUAUGUACAUUGAUCAUGACUGGCAGAUGACCCCUAUUGAUUUUCAGGUCACUAGGUCAAAGGUCAAGGUCACAGUGACUCGAAAUAGUAGAAUGGUUUCCGGAUGAUAAUUCAAGAAUGUUUAGGCCUAGGAUCAUGAAACUUCAUAGGUACAUUGAUCAUGACUGGCAGAUGACCCCUAUUGAUUUUUAUGUCACUAGGUCAAAGGUCAAGGUCACAGUGACUCGAAAUAGUAAAAUGGUUUCCGGAUGAUAACUCAAGAAUGCUUACACCUAGGAUCAUGAAACUUCAUAGGAACAUUGAUCAUAACUGGCAGACGACCCCUAUUCAUUUUCAUGUCAAAGGUCAAGGUCACAGAGACACGAAACAGUAAAAUGGUUUCCGGAUGAUAACUCAAGAAUGCUUAUGCCUAGGAUAAUGAAACUUCAUAGGUGCAUUGAUCAUGACUGGCAGAUGACCCCUAAUCAUUUUCAGGUCACUAGGUCAAAGGUCAAGGUCACAGUGACUCGAAAUAGUAAAAUGGUUUCCGGAUGAUAACUCAAGAAUGCUUACGCCUAGGAUCAUGAAACUUCAUAGGUAUAUUGAUCAUGACUGGCAGAUGACCCUUAUUAAUUUUCAGGUCACUAGGUCAAAGGUCAAGGUCACAGUGACUCGAAACAGUAAAAUGGUUUCCUGAUGAUAACUCAAGAAUAAUUAGGCCUAUGAUCAUGAAACUUAAUAGGUACAUUGAUCAUGACUGGCAGAUUACCCCUAUUGACUUUCAGGUCACUAGGUCAAAGGUCAAGGUCACAGUGACAAAAAAACGUAUUCACACAAUGGCUGCCACUACAACUGACAGCCCAUAUGGGGGCAUGCAUGUUUUACAAACAGCCCUUGUUUACAGUUGGGUUUGGAACAUAUAACUAAUUUCAGUUAGGUGUAUACAAUGUGUAUUACUAAGAUUGAUUCAUUUUCCUUUACAAGUAUAAUUAACCGUAAUCCUUAAAUGCGGAUGAUAUGCAGCGUUUUAAUUUUGUUAAUUCAAACUUUAUCUUUGCACAAAUAUGGGCGAUAGUUCGCCAAGUAGGUGCUUAGUGAAAUACCAGUCCUAUAGUUGUAACUAUUUUUCGAAUUUGUUUGCUAUAUGCUUUAUCAAAUGUCAUGUUUAACACAAUGUCUGUAAAAUGAUAUGAGUAUUGUACGUAGGUUUUAAUGGAAACUGUGUGACUAUUCUUGGUGAAUGAUUGAACUGGUGUAUUGUUUUUUAAUUUAAAAUGUUACGAUAUGAAUAAUCAAUAGAACGCAUGGGUGUAUGUGUAUUUAAUAUGGUUAUUUUAAUUUUCUAGCCGUUAUUACGUAAUUUGCCCAUUGUAUGAUAUGUUUAUGUUGUUAUUGCGCAAAAAUUGAUUGCUACAACGCAUACAUUGCUAACGCUGUUCACAUUUUUCGACGAGCUAAAUGUUCGCAAUGAUGACAAGUUUCGCGCAAAAUCAAUUGAUAUACAAAAUAACUGUAUUUGAAAAUACACGCGAGAUUAAUAAGACUUUGACACACAAUUAAGUUAUGGAUUUCUAAAUGAUCGAAGCGGUUUAAGAAAUUUUCGAAUGCUCAGUUAAAUCCGCGACUUAUACAAGAGCUUGGGUUUGUAUGGCCCACGAACUACAUCGUCGUAUGUUAAACAUUCAUUUACACUCAGUACAAGACAUCCUACGUCCUUAUACAAGUUACAUUUUUAUAAAAAAAAUUGUUUAAAUAUAUAUGCGUGUGUUCGCGUUAAGUUAUGUUUUGUUUAAUCUUUUAAUUGUAUCCCGAUUGCUGCGACGAAAGCUGUAUGCGUUUUAGAAACUUAUGAGUCCGUAUCCUGGUUAGAAUCAGUACUGCGUAUAUUUAGAGACGAUUCUUAAAAUGCUCCCAGAGUGGGUAAUGAACCCUAGACAUCCUUAUAGUAACGCGGAUAUACCAUUUCUCGGUUACCCGUCAAUUCUGAGCGAUUUUAUGAGUCUGUGUUAAUGUCUGGUUUUUCAGAUGACACAUUCGUUUUAAGUUAAUAGUCGCACUACCUGUGGUUCGUGUGUAAGUCGCAAUGCAAACGGCUUAGUGUAUUGGUAUUGUAUAAGUGAUUCGUGCGUGGUACUCUUAUUUAUGUUAUGAACGUGUUUGCGAACCAGUAAGCAUUCUUGUAAAUGAAUACGCAUUUUUAGCUCGGCGUUUUUGGAGAAACCCGAGGUAUUGUCAUAGCCAGCUCGUCGUCCGACGUCCACCGUCCGCGUUGUGCGAAGACCUUAACAUUUUGUUAAGGUUUUGAACAUUGGCUCUAAAAUGAAAUUGCUUCAACCUACAACUUUGAAACUUCAAAUGUAGAUGCACCUUGAUGAGUUCUACACGCCACACCCAUUUUUGGGUCACUAGGUCAACGGUCAAGGUUACUGUGAUCUUUAAAAAAUAUCUGACAAGCUUUCAUUUAUUCAAAACUACACCCGUAACCGAGCGCGGCACCCGUUAUGCGGUGCUCUUGUUUUAGUUCAGCUGUAUGUUGAUAAAGUUUAGAAAAUGUAUUCGGAAAACUCCGUUGAUUUAAAAGUAAAAUGACAUAAGACGGUAUGCAUAAAUUACUUGUAUCGCAUACAAGCAUAUACAAUAAUUACAAUAAGGCUAUAAACAACAGUACACCUGUUAAUAGUCGACUAAAUAGCGUGAUGGAAACAUAAUUUCGCUGGUCCAAAAACUAAGACAGCGCUUAUGUAUAGACGAGUUAACGCGUGACGUCACACCCACCUGCAAAGUUUAGACUCCGCCCACUGGUUGGCAAAAGAGGUGCAAUUUAUAUAAGCGCAUAAAGCGAAGGUUGACGAAAUCUUCGUUUUUAAUGAUAAUCAUGCACAAUAUCAAAUAUAAUUUUACUAAUUAUGUCUGAAUAAAACAUUAGCAUGCAAGGAAAUGCAUCUUUGGAACGAU